GAUUUUGUCAGCCGAUGAAAUUCAAUCUUUCAUAAUAAUAAAUAAAUAAUAAUAAAGAAAUAUGAAAGUGGCCUAUUGUUAAUUGUCAAACAAAAUAAUAAAUUGAAAGAAAUUAAAAAAGGUAACAACGUGUCUUCUGUAUCCAUAUCUAUCUAUAUCUAUAUAUCUAUUGAUCGAUCGUUAACAAAAAAAGAAAAGUAAGUGAAAGAAAGGAAGAUGGAUCACGCCGCAGAUGCAUUCCGUACGGAUUUAAUGACAAUAACGCGGUUUGUGUUGAACGAACAAUCCAAGCACCCGGAAUCACGGGGUGAUUUUAGUAUUUUGCUUAGUCACAUUGUUCUUGGUUGCAAAUUCGUUUGUGCUGCUGUUAAUAAGGCAGGUUUGGCAAAACUCAUUGGACUUGCUGGGGAGACCAAUGUUCAGGGAGAAGAGCAGAAGAAAUUGGAUGUUCUGUCGAAUGAAGUCUUUGUGAAGGCUUUGGUCAGCAGUGGCAGAACGUGCAUACUUGUAUCUGAAGAGGAUGAAGAUGCAAUCAUUGUGGAACCGUCCAAGCGUGGAAAAUAUUGUGUAGUUUUUGAUCCACUGGACGGGUCCUCGAACAUUGACUGUGGUGUUUCCAUUGGAACAAUUUUUGGAAUUUACAUGAUAAAAGAUGGCGAUGAGGCACGCUUAGAAGAUGUGUUGCAGCCUGGAAAGAAUAUGCUAGCCGCUGGAUAUUGCAUGUAUGGUAGCUCUUGCACGUUUGUGUUAAGUACUGGAUCUGGUGUCAAUGGAUUUACUCUUGAUCCAUCUCUAGGAGAGUUUAUACUCACCCACCCGGACAUCAAGAUCCCAAAGAAAGGAAAGAUCUAUUCAGUUAAUGAAGGAAAUGCUAAGAACUGGGAUGGUCCCACCGCAAAGUUUGUGGAAAAAUGCAAGUUCCCAACUGAUGGUUCAUCGGCAAAGUCUCUAAGAUACAUUGGCAGUAUGGUUGCUGAUGUUCAUCGCACCUUACUGUAUGGAGGUGUGUUUUUGUACCCUGCUGAUAAGAAGAGUCCCAAUGGGAAACUAAGGGUUCUCUAUGAGGUCUUCCCCAUGUCGUUCUUGAUGGAACAAGCUGGAGGACAGUCAUUUACCGGAAAGGAACGGGCACUUGACUUGGUUCCGAAGAAGAUUCACGAUAGAUCUCCAAUAUUCCUUGGAAGCUAUGAUGAUGUUGAAGAAAUCAAGGCACUGUAUGCAGCUGAAGAGAAGGCAUAAAGAGAGUCAAGUAAGGCAACAUUUACCCAUCUCCUUGUUGUCCUUGUGCGGUUGUUACUUUGUCAAUUUCUGUCCAUAAAACCAUGUUACUUUCCUUCAUAUUAUUUGUAAUAAAAGCUACCUUAUAUGCA